UCCUCAUUUGCAUAAUGAAGCAGAAAUGCAUACGAAAGGAUUCUACUCUCCAGACUUAGAGACGUCUCGAUGUAACUAUGAGAUGGAAACUCAGAUCACAUUUAUUUGCUUAUUUCUGGUGAUGAUGAGAUCAUCUCCUGCUGAGGAACUGAAGAGGAACCUGACUGGAGUUGUUGGAGGAAGCAUCACUUUACCAGAUCUUCUCCUGGAGUUUGGUUUUUUUUUAGAUAAACUAAACACUGUUGCUAUGGUGAAAGAUGGAAAACUUGAGAUUCUAGUGGAAAAAUACAAGAACAAACUUCACUGGAACAAAGACUCUGGACUCUUUACUCUCACAGACCUCCAGAAGAACGACUCAGACAUUUAUAAAAUCGACUCUAAAAGAGGACUAAUUCUAACUUUCUCUUAUUCUGUCACAGUAUACGAUCCUGCUCCGACUCCUGCAGUAGAAACCCUGAAUGUGAGCUCUGACAGCUGCUGGUUGCUCUGCUCUGUGGACAAACUGACAGCUCUGCUGUGGUACAGAGACGAGGAGAUACAGAACCAGAACAGUUCUGCCUUGUCCUUACCCAUCACUGUCUACAAACAGGACAGAGACUCAUCUUAUAGAUGUGUAGCAGCCAACCCUGCAGAAAACAAGACUCUUCAUGUUAAUCUGACGACAUCCUGUGGGUUCAACAGCACAGAAGGUCCUGAUAAUCACAGAAUUUAUUGGAUCGCAGCUGGUGUCUCACUCUUCUUUGUUGCAUUUGUUGCUGCUGGAUCCUGGAUGAUCAAGCAGAGAUAUCUGGGCAAAAAAGCAUCAGUCAGACAAACACAAGGCAGGUUCCAUAAAAGAAGAGGAAGUCCUGUAUACGCCAAUUAAUUUCAAGGACAAGAGACACAGUCUGGGAGAGAAUAUUCCAGAGUCAUCAGGAAGCAGUGAUCGCAGCAAUCUGACAACGGUCUAUGCCAAACUGGAGCAUCCAAACCCACCGACAGACGCUGCUAACACCUGAUGGCUAACAUACCUGCUAUAACCCACUGGUCUAGAACAGCUCAGUAUAAAGAUUAACAUACCGUUUAAUAAUCACUGUUUGUACACCGCUGUUAACAUUUCACUGUUUUCUGUUAAUUAUAUAAUUGUGCAUUUCUUUGUGUCCCACAUGACUGACAUUUCUGACCUUGAAACUAUUUCUCAUAUUACUGACAUUAUAGCAUUUCAGCUGUUGCUUCUGCAAAAGUAGAUGUUCCCUUUAAGCAGCUUAGAAAUCCUUGCACUAAUAAAGAUGUUUUGUGUGGGAAUCAUAAA